AAAAAUACAAUCAACAAUUUGCGAAAGUAUGGCAAUUAAUGUUCCAGGAUUGAUAUCGGUUAUUGUGUUCUAUCUUUUGAUUCUUGGAAUCGGAAUUUGGGCAGCGUGGAGUAAAAGAAAGAAGGGAGCAGGACAAAAAACAGAAACAAUAAUGGUUGCUGGAAGGGAUAUUGGUGCAUUUAUAGGAAGUUUCACCAUGACAGCCACUUGGGUCGGAGGUAGAUACAUAAAUGGUACCGCUGAAUCAGUUUAUACAUCUUCGUACGGAUUAUUGUGGACACAAGCACCUGUUGGAUAUACAAUUGCGCUUGUACUUUCAGGACUGUUUUUUGCAAAAAGGAUGAGAGAACAAGGAUAUGUCACGAUGAUUGACCCAUUGCAGAAAAAACUUGGUCGACGAAUGGGUGGUCUUCUAUUUUUGCCUGCAUUGAUGGGUGAACUGCUAUGGUCAGCAUCGAUUUUAUCCGCGUUAGGCACAACUCUAGCAGUCAUUAUCAAAUUGGAUGUUAACGUCUCUGUAUGUGUUUCUGCCGCCAUUGCAGUUUUGUAUACAUUGGUUGGUGGUUUAUACUCGGUCGCAUAUACUGAUGUCAUACAACUAAUUUGCAUAUUUUUGGGAUUGUGGUUAAGUAUUCCAUUCGCAAUGACAAACGAUGCUGUAACAAGCAUUUCUGAAACAGCAUACAGUGGACCUGGUGGAUGGCUCGGAGAAUGGGAUUCUGACUAUACUGGAGAAUGGAUUGAUUUUGCGCUUUUGUUGAUGUUCGGAGGAAUACCGUGGCAAGUAUAUUACCAACGUGUAUUAUCGUCAGAUUCAGCAAAACAUGCUCAAAUAUUGUCUUUCGUUGCUGCGUUCGGAUGUCUUGUUAUGGCCAUUCCAUCUGUACUUAUCGGUGCAAUAGGAGUUUCAACUAAUUGGACUAUGACGAAAUAUUUUGAUGGAAAUGGAACAACGCCAGCCGAUAUAGAUGAAGAGCGAAUGAUAUUGCCCAUAGUUCUUCAAUAUUUAACACCAACAGCAGUUUCAUUCAUUGGAUUGGGAGCAGUGUCUGCUGCAGUGAUGUCAUCUGCUGAUUCCAGUGUCUUGUCUUCGUCGUCAAUGUUCACAAGAAACAUUUACAAACAUGUUUUCAGACAAAAUGCAUCGGAGACAGAAUUGAUUUGGGUCAUGCGAGCUACCAUAUUUGUGAAUGCCGCCAUAUCGACAAUACUCGCAUUAACAAUCAAAUCCGUCUACGAUCUAUUCGUUCUCUGCUCGGAUUUCAUUUACGUCAUUCUAUUUCCUCAACUAGUAGCUGUUAUGUAUCUGGACCCGAACACGUACGGCUCGUUGUGUGGAUUCAUUAUUGGCUUCAUUUUGAGACUAGGAGGAGGAGAACAAGCGUUCAGUUUGGACCCGUACAUUUAUUACCCAGGAGGAAAAAACUUUCCGUUUCGUACAUUUUCCAUGUGCAUGACUUUCAUUACAACAUUACUUGUUUCGUAUGGUAUCCGACAACUCUUCCGCUCCGGAUAUCUGAAGGCAAAACACGACAUAUUUGAUUGUAAAUUGGCCUAUGGCGGUCGCACCAUAGACAACACUGUAAUGAAAGAUGUCACCGGAUCUAAUGGAGAUGGACGGAAAAAGCAAAGUCUUCCUGAAGAUUCUUCCGGGAUGCAAAAUACGGGAUUUGAAGAGGAAACAAAAAUUUGAACGUCAUGUCACCAUAUAUACAACGCAUUUGCAAAUUUAAUUUCCAUUUUAUUGCAUUACGAGAAGAACAAUGUCAAUUAAUAUCUAUCGAAAUUCAAAUACGUACAGGCUAUAAAGUCUUUAUUCACACGAACAAAUUUAUAAAUAAUUAUUCCUGCAUAGUCAAAAAAUUUACAGUAUGUCAAAGAAAAUAAUCUUUGCCCAAUCAACAUUUUCUAAAAACGAAUCUAAAUGAAAGUCUACUACAAAACUACGCCUAUAUUUAAACAAUUUCUGAUACCCUUUCACUGAUUUGUUAGCUUGUGACUAAUCCCAAUUUACCUUAAUCGAAAUCAAACAUGUAUCCAAGAAAUCGCAUUCCCUUCGAUCGCUCCCAAUUUGACCUACUGUAUGAUACAGACUGUACUGGUAAAUAGAUUAGUCUUUGUCAAAGCAUUUGAUUGCCAUAUUAUUGAAAACAACCUUUUCAAAAUGGCUCCAUAAAGCUGCAAUACAAUUUUUGUAAGUAUGCAGUUCUAAUACAUUUUUGUAAGCAUGACCUAAAGUUUUCCUCACUGUUUUAGUAAUUUGCCGUAGAAUUUGAUCUAUUGUUUUGCAAAUGACAGCUUUCAGUUUAUCCAUGGUUGGACUGAACGUCAUAGAAAAUAACCACAAGGUGAAAGGUCAAGCAAACUGGCCCUAUUAUAUCGCCAUGUAAAUAAAUCAGAUGAGUUGUAAA